CUGGGGUGGAGGCGUCCGCUCGCUCCCGGAGUCUUUCCUUCCGUCCCCGCCUCGCCUCGCCUCCUCCCGCCGCCGCCGCCGCCGCCAUGGCGCUGCACGGGCUGCGAGUCCUGGAAAUGGCGGGGCUGGCGCCGGCCCCGCUGUGCGGCCUUAUUCUGGCCGACUUCGGGGCACAGGUGGUGCGGAUUGACCGCUCGCCCCACACGGCCGUGGCCACGGACGUGCAAGGCCGUGGGAAGCGCUCGCUGGCGCUGGAUUUGAAGCAGCCCCAGGGCUCCGCGACGCUGCGGAGGCUUUCCCGGACGGCGGACGUCCUUAUCGAGCCCUUCCGACCAGGUGUCAUGGAAAAACUUGGGUUGGGUCCAGAUAUCCUCCUGCAAGAGAACCCCAAACUCAUCUAUGCAAGACUAACUGGAUUUGGCAAUUCAGGAAAAUGUUUCAGGUCGGCAGGUCAUGACAUCAACUAUUUGGCCUUAUCAGGUGUCCUGUCAAAACUUGGCAGAAAAGAUGAAAAACCUUAUGCACCGCUCAAUCUUUUGGCUGAUUUUGCUGGUGGUGGCCUCAUGUGUGCUUUGGGCAUCAUUAUGGCACUCUAUGAACGUACAAAAUCUGGAAAAGGACAAGUAAUUGAUGCGAGCAUGGUUGAAGGCGUAGCAUACCUAAGCUCUUUUCUGUGGAAAUCGCAAAACCAGGGCCUAUGGAACAGGCCCCGUGGGGAGAACUUGCUGGACAGUGGUGCCCCUUUCUAUGAAACUUACAAAACUGCAGAUGGGAAAUUCAUGGCUGUUGGUGCCAUUGAGCCACAGUUCUAUGAACAGCUCAUCCAUGGUCUUGGGCUAGAUUCGCAGAAACUUCCCGGUCAGAUGAGUUUCAGUGACUGGCCUGAAAUGAAGAAGAUAUUUGUGGAAGUAUUCUCAAAGAAAACCCAAAAAGAAUGGUGUGAAAUCUUUGAUAACACUGAUGCCUGUGUGACACCAGUUUUGACUUUCGACAAAGUUGCUUCAUAUCCACACAAUAAAGAGCGUGGUUCUUUUUUAAAGAAUGAUCAGGAGGAGAUAAGUCCUAGGCCAGCCCCUCUUUUAUCCAGGACCCCCGCUACCCCAACAUCCAAAAGGGAUCCGUUUAUAGGAGAGCAUUCCAAAGAGAUCCUCUUGGAAUAUGGUUUUUCCGAGGAAGAGAUUUCACAACUCUGCUCUCUCAGGGUUAUUGAAGUCAAUAUACCAAAAGCUAACUUGUAGUAUAAAACAUUACAAGUCAGGAGUCCUACACUGGCAUUGGAAGUUUUAGGUCUUCUUUUCCAGAGGAUGCUUAAAAGGAUAAUAUUGCUGUUUGGAGUGGAGGUAGAUUCCCUGCUAUCUUCAGCUGUGUAUGCUUGGAAGAAGCUGGCAUCUCUGCAGGUGCUUCUUGAGAGCAAUGCAUUUAGGAUAUGGAGAAUAAAGCACUAGCUGGUCAUGACUAACACUGAUCCAUGUAAAAUACAACAAAUGAAUGGUUGACUUAUUUUUGUUCUUCCCUUAAAGCUCACAACCUAGAAGCAUUUUCAGAAUUGCCUUAAACAUGUUCACUUACAGAGCAAAGGUUACAGCACUUCAUCUCUUUCUUCAGUGCACUUAUUCUAGAAGGAAGGAACUAUAAUGCCCCUUUAAAAACAAGCAAGCAAAAAAAAAAAAAAUUUGGGUGGAGUAAGGUGGACAUUUCACUUCGUUUUAUUGCCCUUUAAGAGAAAGUACACAAAGUACAAUCCUUCAUUGCUUACCUCCCUCUAUUCUAGAGGAAAGGUACUGCAAUAUUCCUAGCAUCUUCAAAAUGUACGUGAAAUAGAGGAAACAAGAUUUUAUGUUGUUUGUUUUACUGCCCUGUAACAACGCAUAUACGUACUACAAGUCUUGGGUAUUGAAGGGAUGGGCACUGGUGUAUUUUUGCUCAGCCACCUGUCACCUCAUGCCAGGGUUUCCUUCCCUACCCCAAGCAAACUCUGGCCUAUUUUAUAUCAGGAUUGGCCACAUGGCAUGGGAAUAUUAUUGGUGUUCACACGCCAGGUUGUGAUUUGAAUUAAUUAUUUUAUGUGAUGAUCUCAGUGAAGAAUUUGUAGCUUAUUUGGUUUCGCCCUUUGGAUAUUGUGUUUGCAGUUUGUAUAAUUUCAUUGUGGCAAGCAACCCUUUUGAAAUUCAUGUAACUGAAUAUUCUUCAGAUUAACUACUGGGAUUCCUGAAUUUGUAAUUUAUACUGUAAUUACCUAAAGAUCUAGGCUUUUUAUCAACUGUGUUAAUACAAUUUUAAAACUUACAAAUAAAAGUACAAAUUAAUUUUCAGUGUA